AUUAAAUUAAAUCAAAUGAAUAAGUUUAUUAUUCUAGCCGUACUUUUAUUAUCAACAGUGCUUGCUGCUGAGACUCUUCCAUUCAAAGUUAGAAAUGAUCUCGGAGAAAGAUUCAGAAUAAUCGAUAAGGCAACUGAAGAAGGAUACAGAAGAAUCAGAGUCAGAAUGGAUCUCGAUUCUAACUUAUCUCUUCUUGAGACUGCUACAACCAUUUGCUUUGAGAGUGACAGUUCCUUCUCUCUUUCUGAUGGAGCUAAAGGAUUUGGAAUGACCUUUAUGUGUGCCAUCCACGAAUGUACCUCAAACACUCACUUGCACACUCUCUUAUUCGGAUCUCAAUACUAUAACGGAGGAUACUGGGCUGGAGCUGGAAUUGAUGCUUCUCAUACUAACAUUGGAGUUCACCAUCUUGAAGAUGGAACUAACCCAGAUGCCGGAUUCAAAAUGGAAGCAUCUUUAGCUGAAAGUAUCAAUCUCCCAGUUCUUGAGAACGAAGUUGAUACUCACUACAAAUGCUUCACAAAUUACAGAGGAUCAUAUGUUGAAGACAAUCUUUUGGUUGAUAUCCACCUUGACGGAGACUGGGAGUCCCAUGACAUUGUCCUUCCUGCUCAUGUUGAGUAAGUUGGAAUCAAAGCAGAAGCUCCAUAAGACCUAUG